ACGCACUACACAUACUAGUGGGAAGUUUCACACACAUAAACCCUUUCUUUACCCUUGCUGUUGCUAGAGGAGCAGGGGAACAUUUGCUUGGUGAAUCUAUCUAUCAAUAACAAUGGCGAUGGCAUCAAGAUUAUGGGCAUCCAAAGCUGCUUCAUACCUCAAGAUCGCUACUUUCAACAGAGGUUUUGCUUCUGUUGUGAAGGAUCUAAAGUAUGCAGAUUCACAUGAAUGGGCAAAAAUUGAAGGCAAGUGUGUGACCAUAGGGAUUACAGAUCAUGCUCAGGAUCACUUGGGAGAUGUGGUGUAUGUUGAGUUACCAGAAGUAGGGACAGAUGUAACACAAGGUAGUGGUUUUGGUGCAGUUGAAAGUGUUAAGGCUACCAGUGAUAUUAACUCUCCUGUUUCUGGCAAAGUCGUUGAAAUCAAUGAACAACUCAGCAGCUCACCUGGCUUGGUAAACGGAAGCCCAUAUGAGAAUGGAUGGAUUAUAAAAGUUGAGAUGAGCAACACUGAUGAGCACCUUCAUAACUCGUCUCUUCCCCCAUCACCACCAACACCGACCACCGCCAUCACCGUCGACUCCAAUACUCUGGCGACUCGAAGAUAUCUCCGGCCACUCCAAGACAUCUUCGACAAUAGAAUAAAACCCUCAUCACCACACCACACCACACCCCAAUCCACCCCCCCCCUUCCAUUUCCCCUUUUCCUGUUGCCUUCACUGGAAACCAGAAAGAUGUUGGUGGUGAAGGAGGUGGUGGUUUAUGGUUAUUUUCCAAGUAACAGGUGGUAUAAGGAGGAGGUGAAACAUGUGCUUGAUGGAAGGAUGGUGGUGGUCUUGAGCUUUAAACCGGGGACUGGGGUGGGUGAGGUGAGGGUCGAUUUCCAUGGUGGUGCAGAUUUCCAGUGA